AUGAGUACCAAUUCAGAAAAAGGAUUUAAAAACUUAAAUAAUAAUGACACCAAGCAGAGAACAGGGACUUCAAAUUGGAAAACUUAUUUUUUAUUAUUAAAGUCAUUUGUUGGAACAGGAAGUUUAUUACUUCCUUCAGCCUUCCAUAAAGGUGGUUUGGUAUUCUCUGUCAUUCUCAUUGUUAUCUUUGGGUUAUAUUCAUAUUGGUGCUACUUCAUAAUUAUUAAAUUAAAGACUAAGGUGAAGGCCAAUACAUUCCAAGAAAUUGGUAAUAAUAUUCUGGGUCGAUGGAUGAGUUAUGUAAUUUUAGGUUCAUUGGUCUUAACACAAAUCGGAUUUUCAAGUGCCUAUAUCAUAUUUGUUGGUGAAAAUUUUAACCAAGUCGUUUACAAUAUGACCAACUACGAAUGUAAUAUUAUCUAUCCAAUUUUAUUUCAACUAGGGUUCAAUUUUGCAAUGAGUUUUAUUUCUAGAAUGGAAGUCCUAACAAUACCUGCGGUAAUUGCAAAUGUACUAAUUAUAUGUGGAAUAAUAUUAGUUAUAUCUUAUUCUUUACAUCAUUUAAUCUUAAUCUCAGAUAAAAAAAGUGAUCCUGGAGUUAUGUUAUUCUUCAACUCAAACGAGUGGACAUUAUUUAUCGGUACAGCAAUAUAUGCUUUUGAAGGUGUCGGUCUUUUGAUCCCAAUUCACAAUAAUAUGAGUUCUCCAAAAGACUUCCCAAAAAUAUUGUUGCUAGUGAUGCUAACAAUGUCAAUAAUAUUUAUUCUUAUUGGAACUUGUGGCUACUUGAGUUAUGGGGAAAAGAUAAAGGUAAUAAUUUUACAAAGUUUUGCGCCUGGGAUUUUUGUCAAUAUUAUUAUUGUUUGUUUCACAAUCGGUAUAUUACUUUCUACACCUUUGCAAUUGUUCUCAUUGACUUCAUUAUUAGAAGACUUUCUUUUUACAAAAAAAAAAAUUGCUGUAGCAGAUGAAGACUUAAAAGUAUUGGAAGAAAGUGAUAUACUAUGUUCUGAAAGUGACACGGAGGCACAAGGCACAAAGCACAUAAAUUUGAGAGUGUAUAAGAUUAUAUUAAGAUUUCUGAUAGUUACAACUGUUUGCCUUAUUGGAUACAUCACCUCUGACAAACUGAAUAAAUUAGUAGCAAUAGUUGGUUCUCUAGCAUGCAUUCCUUUGGUAUAUAUAUAUCCACCGUUGUUAAAUUUAUAUGAAUGUAGUUUACCGGGGAUAAUUAAAAAUAAUUGGAGCAUAUUACCGUUUGUUUUUGAUCUAUUCCUUAUUAUUUCGGGACUUUGUGGGAUGAUGUAUACUUCAUACAGGAGCGUUAUCCUUUAG